GCCAAAGUAUACCUGCGGAUGAAGUUGCGCAGAAACUCUAACGGUGACAUCUUUUUUUAAUAUCUUGGUGAUGAUGCGUUCUUCGCUUGCACUAUUGUUUCAUGUUUAAGCCUGAAUAAUCGGAUAAUCUGAAGAAUUAUUACUAAAUAAAUUGCUUACAAAGUACUCAGGAAACAUCAUGAAGUCUCAACUGUUUUUCUGUUUUUUUAUUGUUUGCGUGUCAUAUACUUCAUCUUUCUUAAACGUAAGGGAGUUCAAACAAACUGAUCUACUGAAAUGCUAUGAUGGACUAAGAAAUAAUCCCAAGACAAAUGAAUUAAUUAAUGGUCAAGAAUAUCCUCUGCCAAAUUCGUUAGAGACAUUUGUUUCACUCGUCGAAAAGCUUGAGACUUCCCAUAGGAAUAUGGAGCCGUUUGAAAUGAGCAAAAAUCUUCUUCUAAGUUUCAGCGUUGAAGGAAUGAAUCCAGACCUAAACGUCGCUCGAGAACCCUUCAAUGCAUUAAAUGAGUUGAGAAGAUCCUUUUUCGAAAUUUCAGACGUCACUGAGAAAUCGAAUUUCAGAGAUGGAGCCCUUACUCAUGAUGAAAAAUGUGCACUUCAUUUCAUGCUAUCGCAUACAAUAAAUGAUACUCUAGAUGGUAAUGAAGACUCAGUUCUAAUUGACGGCAGAGAUGUUGCAAAGCGUCCGAGAGAGUAUGGCGUUGUUAGUUUGCAUGCUAAGAAGGUUCAUGCCAUUGCAUUAGCAAGAGUUCUGUUAGGAGUAAUGGCAGGAUUAAGAGGAAAUAAUGAGAUGGAAGCUUCUGUUAUAUUGAAAAAGAUAAAACCUGUUGGUAAAGAUGGGCUGAAAGGGGUGAAGGUCAAACUUUUACCGGCUGUUACACUUGGUGAUUUAAUAUCCGCAUUUGUAUCUUCAAACUAUCAAAGAGACAAUCCAAUAUUCUUUCCUAAUGGAGAGUGGAAUGAAGACGUAUGCCCAACAGAAUAUUACCUUAAUGAAAAUGUGAAAUCUGUUGUGUCAUAUUCCCUUUUGCGUGGUGCCAUUGAUGGGUUCAUCCUUGGAAGACUAGUAGAAGAAAAUCUUCAAACUUAUAAACACCUUCGACUGAGUCAGAUAUUACGAAUGUACUAUGGCCCAUCUGGACUUGUCAGUGGCACUAAUAGUAAGGAUCAACAGUGGUGCAACAGGAACUCGCUGUAUACCUCUAAGAAGGUUAGCAAUGAAGAAUACAAGAACUAUCUUAAGCUGUAUAAUGUUUAUCGCGCUGCAGAUGACAAGUCACAGUUAGAUGAAAUAGAUAACGUUUUAAAUAUCAUUGAGAACAAAGCGGAAAUUUUUGAGAUAGUAUCUGUUGAAUCAUCAACGGAGUGCCGGACAGAUUCAAGUCAAGGUGCAAAAUGUGAAACUCCAACCAACAUAUUUGCUAUACUAGAUGGAGCACAAUUAAAUAACAAUUUCCAGAUGGAAGUAAUUGGGAAAUUAUCAGUUGAUUUUGAUAUUCGUCCGCAUGGAAGUUCAGUGGGAGUAUACUUUAAUUCUAAAAGCAUGCAGAGAAGAAGCCUAGAUCUUAUAGCAAACCACACUGGAAUUUCAGGAUGUCCAGGAUGUUAUGUUAGGCAUUACAGGAGAUCUGGUGGCUCAAAAUUAAACGAGGAUGAAGUUUUUCAUAGCUUGAACGAAACCUUAACUGAAUUUGAAGAGGCAUAUGACAAAGCUCAAGAAAAUCUUCAUGAAGCUAAGUCUGGAACGCCAGCAAAGGUCAUUCUGUACUUCAAUAAUGGAAAACCAACUAAUACUCACAAACUUAGAGAUGCUGUUUGGGAAGUGGAGAAGUAUUUUAGAGAAGCGGUAAUUUUAGCCAUUGGUAGCAACACCGAAGCACUUCAAGUAUUCACUCGUAAUGAUGAUACAGAUAUUUUCUCUGAGAAAAAUGUAGAUACUUUGGUUCCCAAGUUGAAAUCCAGAAUUUGUAAAGUACCCGCAGAGUUUCAGUUCAAGAAAUGCGAAUCGAAGAGUCGUGGAGUUGAUACCAAGCAGCUGAUUUUUAUUCCAGCAAAUAAGAUACAAUACUGGGCCAUGUAUCCCAAAUACUUUUUGAAAAGUUUAAGUAUUUCUCUGAAGUUCCAACCAGAGGAGGGUGCUCAAAUAAAAGUUUGCUUUUCGAGAAACUACUACAGAAUAAUUGAAGAUCGAACUCAGUAUGUAGAAUGUCAAGAUUCUAGCGGUGCCGAAAUUGAAUUCAGAGUCAGCAAUCCAUGCAAAGGUCGAAAUGAACACAAUUGUGAUCCUUUUUAUUUCUUUGUCGAAGGAAAGAAAUCAGGCUCGAACCUUUGCGAAAACUUCGGAUGCAGCACAGCAAAAGAUAUCAAAGUUGAAUUCCAGCAUGAAGGUAUAUCUUGCAGUGCAGCAAGUUUUGUGUCCGUGUCGGCUCUAACGUUUUUGUUUGCAGCCUUUAUCUUUUUCGUGCACAGAUAUUAAAUACAGAAGUCAUCUCCAAGGAUGCAUUUGCAGGAAGUGGAAAAGAAGUGUAGAACUUUUUGUCACGGAAACUUCAAAUAUGUUAAGAAAAUGUUCAUAUUUUUAUGUUUGAAUAUCUUCUCAUUUGUAAAGUUUAAGCUUAUUCAGAUGGAUUCUUCAAUUUUUGUAUAAGUCGUAUAGCAAUAAAUUUUUGUGGUUUUUUAA